AUGAAGGGUCGCAACAAGGCGAAGACCGGGGGCAACCUGAAGAGCAAGGGGUGGAACAAGGGAGAGGGCAAAGAGAAUAAGACCACUAAGCGCCGGUACACGUCUGACGACGACAAGAACACCAGCCAGAGCGGCGCUGCGAAGCGUUCGCGAGCCGCGGAUCCCGAAUCGGACCGCGACAUGGAAAUGGAGGGCAGCAACGAGACGAAAACCGCGGACAGGGAAGAGCCCGAGGAGCGCGAGAAGAACAGCAAGACGGCGGCAAGCGUGAGUAGUCUGCACAGACGGAUGGCUGUCGUGUUUAACGGCGCUUACGGCAAGGCCUGGCAUUCGCCCAUUGCGCUCUUCAAGCUUAAAUUUCGCUUAACGAUCUUCCGAGUCGGGCGGGCGAAGGGGAACGGGAAUGAUGCCAACCGCUACAGCGUCAGAGUUCUGAAACAAAUCCUGUAUGAGGCAGGUCAGCAAACCAUCGAUCGCUGGAUCGAGCCCGAUGACAGUGACGACGAGUUCGAGAUGAUGGACGAGCCACUGGGCGCAGAAUCAAUGGAAGCUGAAGCAGCGCCUGGAGUCGCGCCAGGGCGUGAGGCCAGCCCCGUGACACCCUCACGUCACCACGAUGCGGCACACAUCGCAAACGACUACUCCCGCGACCGUAUCAGCACGAGCACCGCUGCCAAUGACGGUGACGGCCUCGGCGACGACGACUCAGAUGACGAGGCGUCGGAUGACAAGGCCGCCAAGCUGCACAACACUGGACCCCCACCACUCAGCGACGAGGACACCGAACGUCUCUUCAUCCAGAGCGCUCAGAAGACUCAUGACGGAUCUCCGAACCCAAGCCUGGACCCGCGAGGUCAUGCCAGACCAGGGAAAGGCGACGAGCAUCGCCACCCAGCUCCGCAGGAUGCCGCGAUGGGUUGA